AUGAGCACCUGCUCAAAAUGUGUGAAAACCUGGAGCUCCAAGGAACUUUUUAACUGUGAUGAUUGCAGAUCGGUCAAUUGUAUAUCAUGCAGUGGACUUACUGCUACAGAACUAAAAGUUAUGGAACUUAAAAAGAAAACGAAGCUUUUUCGAUGCGGAGAAUGCACUGCCAACACCUACACGAAGAAAGAUGUAAAUGAACUAAAAUUAAAAAUUGAAUAUCUAGAAAAAGAAAUAUCCAUGUUAAAGGAACAAGUUUCAGACAAAAACAUUAUCAUAAGUGAUAAAACUAAAAUAAUAACAUUACAGGAAGAGAAGCUUGGUAAAAAUCAAUUUAAACAUGAAAUACAAAAAACAAACAUCAAAAAAAGUGAUAAGGAAACCAUAACUCAACCACAUCAAAAAGAAGACAACAAUAAAAAGGAAAAUUUUACUGAAACACAAAACAAAACCAAUAAAGGUAAUUUAUAUAGUACGAUCACCAAAACCUCCUAUGAAGAACUAGCCAAUGCUCAGGCAACAAAAACAAGUCAAUUGAUUAAUAUAAACAACGACAUUCUACUAGAAAAUAAGACAACUAAAAAAACAAUUAAAAAAAAGAAGAUAAAUUAUGGCUCAAAUAAGGUGGAUAGGAAAUUUCAAGGUACACCAAAAAAGAUCUGGCUCUUCAUAUCAAGAGUAAAUAAGGAUGUCUCAAAAAAUGACAUUAUUGAAUUUUUAACGGAUAAACCGAACUUGAGAGAAAGGGAAUUUAUCGUAGAAGAAGUCCAAGUGAAUAGAACGGAAACAAAAUGCUUUAAAGUUGGGGCUGAUUAUGACCUAUUGGAGGUUAUAUAUAAGCCAGAUUUUUGGCCAAAUGGAAUAGGGUAUAGCAGGUAUUACUUUCCAAAAGAGCAUAACAAAGGUACGUUUAAUGGAAACUCCUUCAGUUGUCUUAUUUUGAAAAUUGUGGUGAAAUCAUGUUUUGGAAGCAACUUGGACAUGGAUUGUAACGAAAAGAUACAACAAUUUCUUAAAGACUUUUUGGAACUGCAAAUAAACGUGACUCCAAAACUUCAUGCCAUAUUUAUUCAUAUUCAUAAAUUUUGUUUAUUGAAAAAUUGCGGCUUAGGAAAAUUUAGCUUAAGCUUUGGAGGCCGUACAUGA